GUGAGACGCAAUAAAAUGGACGAGUCGAGUGGAAAAUUGAAUCCGAAAAUGUUGGAACAGUUAAGGAAGAAGACGCGAUUUUCAAAAGACGAAAUUGAAUCCCUGCAUCGCAUUUAUCGAAAAUUGGUAUCCAAUAAUCAGUAUGCCGCCAAAUCCUUGUCAUCCGGACCAUCAGGAGCAGCGAUUGCAAAGCCGCAGACCCAAGAGGGCAUUGACCGCAUCGUAUUCCGUGAACUGCUGCACAGUACCUUCGACAUUGUCACCGAAGAAAUUCUAAUGGAACGGAUUUUUUGCAGCUGGGAUAAGUCACACGAAGGCUUACCGAUACGCCUGGAAGGUUGGUUAAUUGGCCUGUCGACAUUUUUGCGCGGUAAUCCGGCGGAGAGGGCGGCAUUCUGCUUUCGUGUCUACGACUUAAAUGGUGAUGGUUAUAUAACCAAGGAUGAAAUGUUCACGCUGUUAAGGAAUUGCCUGAUAAAACAACCACAGGAUGAGGAUCCUGAUGAGGGGGUAAAGGAUUUAGUGGAGAUUGUAUUGAAAAAAUUCGAUGUGGAUAAGGAUGGUAAGGUUUCCCUGGAAGACUUUAUGGCCACGGUGACGGCCCAGCCAUUGCUCAUCGAGGCAUUUGGCCAGUGUUUGCCAACGGAUAGUGCAAUUGUAUCGUUUUUUUCCACACUACAGGUUUAA